UCGUAUAUUAUCCUCUUAAAGAGACAGGAUCUGAAGAGCCUCUCUGAUGAAAAUGAGGAAACCAGACCUAUCAGGGAAGACCAACAAUGGCGGAAACAAUAACAAGCUCAGGAAGGGUUUGUGGUCACCAGAAGAAGAUGACAAGCUCAUGAACUACAUGUUAAGAAAUGGCCAAGGUUGUUGGAGUGAUGUUGCCAGAAAUGCUGGUCUGCAGAGGUGUGGCAAGAGCUGCCGUCUCCGGUGGAUAAAUUACCUUAGGCCCGACCUCAAGCGAGGAGCCUUUUCGCCUCAAGAAGAAGAGCUUAUCAUCCAUUUGCAUUCCCUUCUUGGCAACAGGUGGUCUCAAAUUGCGGCUCGCUUGCCAGGCCGUACGGACAAUGAAAUAAAGAACUUUUGGAAUUCAACAAUCAAGAAAAGGCUAAAGAACUUAUCAUCCACUGCCUCACCAAACACAAGCGAUUCAUCGACUGAGCUUAAUAAAGAUCCUGUCAUGGCGGCUGCUGGAGGAUCAGGAGGGUUUAUCUCCCUGCAAGAACACGGCAAUAAUAUGGCUAUGUAUAAUAACAUGGUUGACUCUUCAUCCUCAACAUCAUCAUCAAUGUCAGCACCACCUAAUUCCAUGCAAGCUAUGGCCUUCAACCACAUGAUGAUCGACCCAUUGGCACCUGUCCUCGAUCGUAGCCUGAACAUUUUUGGUUCUGCUGGUGGCGGGUUUUACCCGAAAGCAACAACGCCUUCAUGCCUGGCUCAAAUUGGGGUAUGUGCUGAUGUUUUAUACGAACAAGAACCUUGUGUUAACGAUAUUGGAGUAGCUGGGAAUCUAUAUAUUCCGCCAUUAGAGACACUGCAAGAAAACAGCAUAUCUACCACUGAGAAUUAUCCCACACCUGAUUAUCACCACAGGGAGAUUAACAUUAAUAAUUACUCUUCUAACAAUGAUCAGUUGAAUAAUAACAGUUUUAUGAGUACCACAAACAGCUUUGAUAACAACAAGAGAGUUGCAGAGAACGUAGCUGGGGUUGGGAAUUUAUGGGUAGAAGAAGAUCAGCUCAAGUUAGGAGAGUGGGACUUGGAGGAUUUGAUGAAAGAUGUCCCUUCCUUUCCUUUUCUUGAAUUUCAACCUUAG